UUGUUGUUAUCUGCGAAAUUUGCUUUCCGUGCUGAUAAAAAAAUCCAAAAGAUAAUUCUUACUGCGUGGAUUAGAAAUGAAGGCUUUAUAGUCACCCGAAAAUCAUCCUCUAGAUUGUUGCCCAUUUCAACGUUGCUAGGCAUAAGGCUAAAAUCGAGACGUCGCGUGCUGUGGUUUAAUCUAAACUUAGCACUAAAAUAAUGGAUUUGGUUAUCAAAUUGAAUAGUCAAACGGUCGGGAAAGACAAAAUUGCCAGGUUGGUGCAGUACUCCUGCCGGGCAUUAUGGGCUAGCAAAGAAGCGAGACUCUCAUCGACGUCGAAAGAAACGAUUCAAACGCUAAAGCAGAUCGAAAGCAUUCUUAGCUCCUUCCGGAAAUUGCUACGAUUUGGAAAAGGAUUCGAAGUGCUUUAUAGUGCCGCUGUGAGCGUCGACCUAAAGCGGCUAUCCAAUCAGCUAUUUAUCGUGCUCGGCAAGGUUUCCUCGGGACUGUUUCUGCUAGCCGACCACGUCGUGUGGCUAUCGCGAUCCGGCAUUAGCAAAAAUGUAAACACAGCACAGUGGUUAGCCCGGUCGAAUCGAUUCUGGCUGAUAUCGAUCGUGAUGAACCUCUGCCGUGAUCUGCAGGAACUCAGUCAUCUCUUCAUCUACUUUGUCAGCAAAUCGAACCUCCUGGAUCUGCUGCAAACACUGUCGGUUGUCCUGAAGGAGCACAAAUCGUUAGUAGUCGAUACGGUGAAGAAUGUGUGCGAUGUUUUCAUUCCUCUAAACGGCCUCGGAUACGUUAAAAUGUCCAACCAAACGAUCGGAAUUUUGGGAGCCAUAUCAUCAGUGAUGGGCUUUCUACCCCUGAUCUAUCCGAGGUUAAAGUUUUAGCAUUGACUUGGCCUAGGACGUAGCUUGGGACGAGAAUGAGCCGCUUGCUGGCCGGCAGGAGGUUUUGUGGUUUUAAGAUGGUGAGCAACUGAAACAAAAUUAUUCUUCAUUACAGCUGGAUUGGAGGUAUUGCGAUAUGGGGUGGGUGUGGGAACAAAUAGCAAUUGAGUAGCUUUGGGAUGGGAAAGCAACAGGUUUUGUACUGUAUCAUUAAAGCAAGUAAAAA